AUGCCGUCUCCUCGCUCCCCGCCGUCUCGCCUCCUGUUCGCCGUCGAGUCGCACAAGGGCGCGGUCCAUACGGCCGUGUACAAUACGGGCAGCUCGUACAUCCUCACCGGAGGUGCCGACCGUCAAGUUCGGCUCACCAACGCAAAGACGGGCGCCGAGAUCAAGUCGUACGGCGGCCACGGCUACGAGGUUCUCGGGCUCGCUUGCACCCACGACAACACUCGGUUCGCGUCGUGCGGCGGCGACCGCAGCGUCUUCCUCUGGGACGUCACGUCGGGCGACAUCCUUCGUCGUCUUAGCGGUCACGUCGGCAAGGUCAACGCCGUCGCGUGGAACCGAGAUGCGAGCGUCCUCGCCAGUGGCUCGUUCGACACGACGGUUCGACUGUACGACAUCAAGUCGCAGAACCGCGCGCCGCUUCAAGUGCUCGACGAGGCGCGCGACUCGAUCACGAGCGUCCUCAUCCGCGACCACCUCGUCAUCUCGGGAUGCGUCGACGGGUUCGCGCGCACCUACGACCUGCGCAUGGGCCAGCUGCAGGCGGACUUCUUCGAUCAGCCCGUCACCUCCCUCUCGCUCACGACCGACUCGUCCCUCCUCCUCGUCUCGACACUCGACAGCACGCACCGGCUCCUCGACCUGUCGAACGGCACCGUCGUCCAGUCGUUCACCGGGCACAAGAACACGAGCUAUCGGUCGCAGAGCUGCAUCGGCGCGAGGGAGGAGACGGUGUUUUGCGGCGACGAGGACGGCAAGGUCUGGGGGUGGGACCUCGAGUCGGGCAACCCUCUCGCUCGAGCGUCGUUCCAGGCGCACGACAAGCCGAUCCUGUGGACGGCGCAUCACCCCAAGGAGCAGCAGCUCGUCACGGCGAGCUCGGACGGUACGGUCAAGGUGUGGGGCGCGGCGCCUGCCUGAGCUGGGUGGGUCGAAGCAUGGACGAGAGCUGCGACGCGACGAGGAAGAGUGAGCGAGGGACCCAAAGUGGCGCACAAAGAGUAGCUGUUGUUGUACUUCCUUCUCGAUAUC